CUCUACAGCAUCUUAACAUUUUAAUAUAUGAAAACAGUUUGGAAACCCUAAUUUUUGCUAAAUUUUUAAAACUCUUUCUAAAAAAAAAUAUAUUGCCGCGAGACUCAACAUGAUCGAUUAUCUAUAAUCCACCAGCUUUCAAGACUACCAAUAGUCAUCGAGUACCAGUUCUUGAACUAGCAAGGAAUCCGAUACAACUCCCAAGCCACAGAAAAUCGAGAUCUCGCUCAACUCCCGGUUUGAAGAGUAGACCCUAGGCUACCGGCUCAUAAAAAAAAUCAAUACAAUCCUAUUGGAAAAUGUUUACACACAACCUGGUUUUUCUUGUUGGCCAAACCGGUAUGCUGAGAUGCUGUAGAGUAUUUUCGAUGUUCGAGGACUCAGUUACAUUGUUUUCACAAUAGUCCAGGUAGCAUUUUGUAGACCGUGAAAUUCCUUAUCGAAUGAUAUAUAAUAGUUGAGUUUUUUGUGACACAAAAGAGGUGAAAUAAUGGAAAUACUCUAAGUAUAGUUGAACUUUCGAGCGCGAAAAUUUUGUCAAGGAACAUCAGAAAGCAUUCUUUAAGAUCUAUAAUGUAUCAAUUUUAAUGUCGGAGAGAAACUACAUAAAAGCCCUAUAUAGAAUAAUUAUCUGAGAGGGGGCCGAUUUGGCCGCUUAUCGCCUCCCUUCUUCCCGAAAAUAUGUUUUCGGUGCAGCGAGUUUUCAAACUUUCUCAAAGCUUCAAGCUCGCACAAACGUUGCAUAAAUAUUCUUCUAUCUAUACUACAUCGAUGGUUUUAAAAAAGUACAUUUCUCUUGAAAGUAUCAAAGAUGACUAAGUAAUGAGAACUACACAGUAUAACCGCAGUUAUAAAGUCUAUAUUGAUCUCGUAGUCAGGUUGAAGUAAAAUAUGUUCAGAAAUCACUAUACUCAGACAUAUGACAUAUUUAUAUGUUAAAAUAAAAAUGUCAUUUUUUAUAUAAAAUCGAUGCGAUUUUUAUCAAUGCCUUUUUUUUUAUUUUAAGGAUUGGCGUGCUCGUCACGAACAACGUCUGCAAUAUAGAACACAAAUUCAAACUUUUCUCAAAGAUGCUGAAAUUACAUUAGCUCGUUUCCACUCGGAUAUAACAAAAUCGUUGGAGAAAAUAACUAUUAGAGAACAAUACAUUAAUACAAAUAUACAAGAACACUUUCAAGAUUUUCAACGACAACAAGAUAUUUUAACUCAAGCGAAAUUACAGUAUAGACAAUGUUCGAGUGGGAUCACUGAAAAAUCACAAGAAUUACAAAAUUUAAUGUCUGAUUUGCGCCAGAUUCGCGAAGAGAUGGGAGAAACUACCCAAAACGCAACUGAUGGAGGUCCAUUAGUUAAAAUUAAGAAAGCUAUCGAAGAAUUAACCAAAGAUAUUAAUCGUGUUGAAAUACAGAUUGCUUUUUUAGAGCAUACAUUAAUGCAAUCUGAAGUGAGAGAAAAAGGAGAAUAUAACGACCAGUGA